AUGAACCCAGCCAGGAACAUCCUCAGACGCCAGCGACGGGGGCCGGCCGGCUUCCACGGGCUGCUCCGCGAGGCGAUCGCCGCCAACGCGCCCUGCCGGCUCACCCAACACGCCCGCAUCCCCGCACCCACCCUGGUCGAGCUCUGGACGACGGCGAUCAGCCGGAAGGAGCCGAGCGCCGGCUGGCUCGAGUGGCUCUUCCACUCCACCCUCCGCCUCCACACCGCCCCGCUCGCCGCCCACGACCGCCACUCGCUCACCCGCUUCCUCGCACUCGCUCUCGGCCUCCUCCUCCGCGCCAAGCCCGCAGGACCGCCCGCCGACCAGGAGGACCGGCUGCGAUGCUGGCUGGCCGCCAUCGACGUCUGGGAACAGGCCCUCGGCCCGCCCCUCUCGCCCGAGCUCGCCCACCGUCGACUGCAGAUCGCCCGGCUCCUCGGCCAGCCCCUGCCGGACGACACCCGUCUGCUCGCGCCCAACACGGACCCCUACAUCUUUGCGACCCUUCUGCGCUCGGCCGCCCGGCCCCAGGAGCUCGUCGCCCGGCUCGAGGGCUCCCAGGCCGAGCUGCUCCGCGCCAUCAGCGUCGCCUGUCGCUCCAAGGGCCAGCUCAUCCAUCCCGCCCAGCCCGCCGGGCCCCCCAGGCCGCUCAGCCCCUCCGAGGCCCUCGCCCUGCUCGCCGCCCAUCCCCGGCCCUCGCUCUGGAAGACCGGGCUGAUCCUCGCCCAGGCCGAGUGUCUCGUCGGCCAGAUCCGGACCCCCGACCACCCCCCGCCCGGCGGCCAGUCGAUCGACCCGCUCCUCGACACCCUCCGCGCCCUCCUCGGGCUCAGCCUGGCCGAGUCCGACAAGACCCUCUACGGCGGCAGGCUCGAGGCGCAUCGGCUGCUCCGUCGCCAGGCCGACGGCCUCGAGGCCCUCCUCAGCCAUCUCCUGCUCUCCCCCCCCGGACUGCCCGUCGACUUCGGCCUCGUCUGCGAGCUCAUCCACGGCGCCCUCCUCCGCCGAGGCCCCCACAUCCUCCGCCCCCGCACCUGGAAGCUCCUCCUCUCCGCCCACCUCAAGCUCGCCGCCCAAUGGUCCGGGCCCGCCGGCCUCGCCCGCCUCCUCCGUCUCGCCACCCGCUGGGCCCAGCUCCUCGUCGUCCCCCAGACCCCUCCCCCACAAUACCCGCCGGUCAUGUUCAAGAAAAUCCUGCCCGGCGACGCCGGCCUGCUGCUGCUCGAGCGCGUCCUGUUCCCCGAGGAGGAGCUGGAGGCCCCGGCCGACGACGAAGACCGGCGGGCCGAGCAGGCCUUCGACCGCCUCGUCUGCCGCCUCCAGACCAUGAUCCGCUUCCUGGAAGCCUUCGGCAGCCCGCGAAGGUUCAAGGACCGCCGCCUGCUGCGGCUCAUCUUCCUCAGCGUCCAGAAACGCGCCUCCCAUGCCCACCAUCUCUGCGAAGAGUCUCCACAGCCGCUGCCCGGCGGCUCCGCCGGCCUCGAAUGGUCCUCCCGGCCGGACGUCUGGCGAGACCUGCAGUCCCGGCUCGCCCCCGCGCCUCCCCCCAGCCCCUCAACUCGCCCCCAGCCCUUACAGCCUCAGCUCGAACAGCUCCACGCCCACCCACCGCAAGAAGAACCUCCCCGCGCCCAGCCGCACAACCAGCCUCGAAGCCCCACUCGAAACAACCCCGAGCAGCCGUCCGCGGACGGCAAGGCGCAAGACAUCGCGGCCUCCCUGGAUCGGGCCAAUCAGAAACUGAAAUCAGAAUCUCUUGAUUACUUCGAUCAGCACUCGUUGCUGACUUGCUUAGUGCACUUGGUCCGAAACAAGUUCCACUAA